UUAUUUGAGUGAUAAUUGACAAGUAAAUAUGUAACGAAUUUGCUAAAAUUUAAGUUAAUUUAAUUCAACAUGAAUGACUAAAGUUUACUCAAAAUUAUAACAUUAUUUAUGAAAUUUAGAUUUGAUUUAUUAUGUUAUUGAUUAAAGUAAAAAUUAAACCAUUAUGAGGGUAACCCACAAAUGGGACAGGGUGAUAAAUUGGAACUUUCUACGACCCCAUCAGAUUUGAAUGUGUUACAGGAAAAGGGUUUCAUUCUUGAAAAGAUUAUAGGAGAGGGGUCGUAUGCUAAAGUUUUCAAAGCAACGCAAAUGAUGGACGAGACGAGGCACUGUAUACUGGCAUGCAAGGUGAUCGACACGGCGCAGGCGCCGCGAGAUUACCUCUCAAAGUUCUUGCCCAGAGAACUGGACGUUCUGAUACGUGUAAAUCACCCACACAUUGUCAACGUGUCCCAUAUUUUCCAAAGAAGAGCUAAAUAUUUCAUCUUCCUCCGCUUCGCUGAGAACGGGGACUUAUUAGAUUUUCUGUCACAACAUGGCGCCGUGCCGGAAAAUCAGUGCCGGUUGUGGAUGAGACAGAUCCUAUCCGGCAUUCAGUACAUACAUUCUAUGAACGUGGCACACAGAGAUUUGAAGUGCGAGAAUAUUUUGAUUACUGCAAAUUACAACGUGAAGAUAACAGAUUUCGGAUUCGCGAGGAACGUGCGACAGAGAGACCGCGAUAUUCUGAGCGAGACGUACUGCGGCUCGCUGUCGUACGCCGCGCCCGAGGUGCUCAAGGGCGUGCCCUACCUGCCCAAGAUGGCGGACAUGUGGUCGAUUGGAAUCAUUUUAUACACAAUGCUGAAUAAAGCUCUCCCCUUCAAUGAAACCUCAGUAAAGAAACUUUAUGAAAAGCAGAUAAUGCGCAAAUGGCGUUUCCGCACGAACAUCGUCAACCAGCUGUCGACGGAGUGCAAGGAGCAGGUGACUGCGCUCAUGGAGCCCGACCCUAAGGGCCGCCCCACAGCCACCGCCAUCGUCUCCGGCACAUGGAUCGGCAUGGACGCCAAGCUAGCUAAAUUAACAUUCCUAGAAGAGUCCCUUUUGAAACAAGCCGAAGAGGAAGCGCAUAUGAAAGAGAAGGAUAAUUACGUGGAGAGCGAAGUGGAAAGAAUCGCCGAGUUGCGAAGAAAAGGUCGAGGGAAAGAGGGUCUGAAAGUGUUGAAAGCAACUGAAGGAAUUCAUGAAAAAUCACAAUCCGUACUUAACCAAAAACAUAAAUAGAAAUAUAAAGUCAUCAUGUUGAACCAGUGUUUAUUAACUUUUACAUUGCAUAUUUUAUUUUAAUUUAUUGUAAAAAUUAUUUAAUAUAAUAUGUACGAUGUUUUUUUUUGUUUUAUCAUAUCGACGUUUGAUACAAAGCUAUGGAAGACAAAAGUCUAUAACAGGGUAGUACGUAUAUAAUGUUGGCACAUCUUAUAGGAACAGGUUUGCGGAUCUCUAAUACAAUGUAAAUAAAAAACGUCUCCAAAAAAUUUUUCGUACAAAAUGACAACACAUAAAGUAUACGAAUUAGAUUAUUUUAAAGGAGCGUUUGACUUUAGUAGCAUUAAAAAAAAUUAAAAACAUCACUAGAUGUUCGA